UGCCCUUCCCUAAAGCUCCAUGCCGACUGGCUCCUGUCGCUGCCAUUCCAUUCAGCCUUGUGGCGCGCGGCGGAGUGGCUACCGGUGGGAGCGUGAGCAGCGGCGGCAGCGGUGGCGGAAGUGACCGGCGGGUUAGGUCCCUGCCGACACUAUGCUUCCAUUGUCACUGCUGAAGACGGCUCAGAAUCACCCCAUGUUGGUAGAGCUUAAAAAUGGUGAGACAUACAACGGGCACCUUGUCAGCUGUGACAACUGGAUGAACAUCAACCUGCGCGAGGUGAUCUGCACGUCCAGGGAUGGAGACAAGUUCUGGCGGAUGCCAGAGUGCUACAUCCGAGGCAGCACCAUCAAGUAUCUGCGCAUCCCUGACGAGAUCAUUGACAUGGUCAAGGAAGAGGUGGUGGCCAAAGGUCGUGGUCGCGGUGGUCUGCAGCAGCAGAAGCAGCAGAAAGGCCGUGGCAUGGGGGGUGCCGGGCGAGGUGUGUUUGGCGGCCGGGGCCGAGGCGGGAUCCCAGGCACUGGCAGAGGUCAGCCGGAAAAGAAGCCCGGUAGGCAGACGGGCAAACAGUGAGUGGCCCGCAGCCUCAGAGACUCGAGCGCCCCUGCUCCAGGCUGCAUGUCUGCUCCAGCCCACCUGUCUGUUCAGAACAGAAAUGAGGCAGGUGUUGGGGGGACCUCCACCUGCACGUUUUGUUAUCCUUUUCUUUAUAUAAAGUGUUUUUUUAACCCAGCA